GAAAAUGUCGACGACAGCGUGUGACGUGUAGUUUACGGUUGUUAGAUUGUUAACAAAAUGGAAUACUUUAAAAGUAGCUUAAAAUCUGUUUUAGGCUCUACUCCCGUGGAAAAUGAACCAUCGGGCGCAGACACGGUGGAACGCUUGGUAGACAGGUUACAGUCUUCAACACUGUUAAACGACAGACGUGAUGCUUGUCGAGCACUUAAAGCUCUUUCACGUACUUAUCGUGUUGAGGUAGGAGCACAGGGCAUGGAUGCAUUGAGACAAACAUUAGAAGUUGAUAGAACCGAUUGUGAAAUUAUUGGUCUUGCAUUGGAUACACUUUGCAAUAUAACUAAUCCCAGAACAUUUGAUGAAGAAGUGGACAAACAUGGACCUACAAACAAAGUCGGGGAACAAUUUACAGAAAUAUUUAUCAAAAACUCUGACAGCAUUGGAUUAGUACUGACACUUUUAGAAGAAUUCGACUUUAAUGUUAGAUGGCCAGCAUUGAAGUUACUGAUGCACUUGUUGACCAACAGACCAAAGGAUAUACAAGAAAUAAUUUUAGUCAGUCCUAUGGGUGUUUCAAAAUUAAUGGAUCUUCUGGGAGAUAGCAGAGAAGUCAUACGUAACGAUGUAUUACUGCUUCUCAUUCAGUUAACAAAAGCCAAUGCAAACAUACAAAAAAUUGUGGCUUUUGAGAAUGCAUUUGACAGAAUUUUUGAUGUUAUUGCACAAGAGGGUAAUGCAGAAGGUGGUAUUGUAGUGGAAGAUUGUUUGUUGCUGAUGUUGAACCUUUUAAGGGGUAACGUCAGUAACCAAAAUUUUUUUAAAGAAGGUAGUUAUAUCCAGAAACUGAUACCGAUGUUUCAAAUACCACCCGAAACAGAAGAUAAUCCUUUGGGUGGAUGGAGUUCACAGAAGGUAUCGAAUGUUCAUUGCAUGGUACAAGUGGUUCGUGCAUUGGUAGCACCAAGUGGACCUGCUCAGGCGGUAGCAAGUUGUCAACGAAUCAUGAGAGCGUGCGGAUUACUGCAAGCUUUAUGCAACAUAUUGAUGGCCAGUGGUGUGCCCGCGGACGUGUUAACAGAGACAAUUAAUACAGUCGCCGAAGUUAUCCGAGGAAACGCCAGUAAUCAAGAAUUUCUAGCUGGAGUAAUGGCACCUAGUAGUCCUCCCAGACCUGCGAUCGUUGUUUUACUUAUGUCGAUGGUAAACGAGAAGCAACCGUUCGUGCUGAGAUGUUCCGUUCUCUAUUGUUUCCAGUGUUUUUUAUAUAAAAAUGAGAUGGGACAAAGUCAGUUGAUUCAGACGUUAUUGCCGCAGGGUAAUGAGAUGCCAUCUUUGACAACAGGACAGUUGUUGUGCGGAGGUUUAUUCUCCCCCGAUUCUUUGUCAAAUUGGUUUUCCGCCGUGGCGUUAUCGCAUGCAUUGAUCGACGAUGGCACGCAGAAGGAACAGUUACUCCGUGUACUUCUUGCGACUAAUAUCGGAAAGCCACCAGUGACCCUAAUGCAACAAUGCGUCAUGUUGCUGCAACAAGGCAACAAAACGCAAUGCAAAUUAGGGCUUUUAAUGCUACUUUGCAGGUGGACCGCGCACUGUCCAGCAGCGGUGAAAUCAUUUUUACUUAUCGAUUCUUCUGUAGCUUAUUUAACUGCGUUAUUGUCGUCACAGGAGAAUAACGAUGAUUUACAAGAAACAUUGUUGCAAAGUAUGUGCGCCAUAUUGAUUGGAUUGUGCAUACAUUUUAAUGAUAACAGUGUUUCGAAUUACACAAAGGAAAAACUGUGCGAUUUAGUUGAAAAUCGAAUUGGAUUAGAAAGGUUUCAGGAUGCAAUCGGUGGCCUGGCUAGACACGAGGUAUAUUCAAGAACGUUAAAACAUCCUCAACCUUCGGCGAAAAAUCCUUCGGAACUUUUAUUGGACCAUGAAUUCUGUAGACUGUCGAAAGCAUUAGAAGGUAUGAUAACAAAGUCAGUUGUAGAUACGAGCAGUUUGCAUCAUAGAAAUCAAAUUACAACACCGCUACCGCCAGACUCUGUACUGGUAGCUCAGUAUAAGGAAGUUAUUCGAGAACAAGAUUUACAAAUACAAAAACUGAAUCACAUUACGGAAUCACUUGCCAAGGAAAAGCACGAACUCGAAUUACAAAUACAUGAUCUUCGGUCUACCAUUCAUCACUUGAAAGAUCAAAAUUUAGUGUUGCGAGUAGCACAAACUAACAUGUUGUCGGAAGGAACAGAAUCUACCGACGCAGUGGCUAAUGUAGAUUCCGCGAAGGAGCUAGAGAAAAGCAGAAACGUUAUUAAAGAGUUGGAAAAUCACUUGACAGAGUAUGCUUCUACGAUAAAGGACUAUAAACAGAGACUCGAAGAAAAAGACGAGACUGGUAUUGAACAGAAAUUAAAAGAAAAAUCUGAAGAAUUGGAGAAGUUGAAAAAGGAUCAAGAAGAUCUUUUCGAACUUUUAACGGAUCAAGAUAGUAAAAUUACGCUAUACAAGGAAAGGUUGAUCGCAUUAGGAGAAAAGGUUGAUACAGAUGAAAGUUCAGUAGAACUUGAUACUGACGAUCAACCAGAAUCAACCAAUUCGAUAGAUCGAAUCAAUUAA